AUGGAGGGCAGUUCUAUACUCCAUGCUUUCACUAACAUUUAUUUUGCCAUUUUUGCUUUGUUUUGCUUCAAGCUUUUAAUUAAGAUUUCCUUGGCUCUGCUGACCCAUUUCUACAUUGUCAAAGGCAACAGAAAAGAGGCUGCCAGGAUAGCAGAAGAAAUCUAUGGAAUAGUCCCAGGCAGCUGGGCAGACCGAUCCCCUCUUCAUGAUGCUGCCUUCCAAGGACGCCUCCUGUCUUUAAAAACCUUGAUUGCACAGGGUUUCGACGUGAACCUGGUGACAACGGACCGUGUGUCAGCUCUCCACGAGGCCUGCCUGGGUGGCCACGUCGCCUGCGCCAAGGUGCUGCUGGAGAAUGGUGCACAGGUCAAUGCAGUCACCAUCGAUGGGAUCACUCCUCUGUUUAACGCCUGCUGCAGUGGCAGCGUGGCCUGUGUCAACAUGCUGCUCGAAUUUGGAGCCAAGCCGCAGCUCAGGAACCACCUUCCUUCGCCCAUUCAUGAAGCAGUCAAGAGAGGUCACAGGGAGUGCAUGGAGAUCCUUCUUGCCCAUGGGGUUGACAUUGACCAAGAAGACCUACAGCAUGGGACCCUGCUUUACGUGGCUUGCACGUACCAGAGGACAGACUGUGUCAAGAAGCUUUUGGAGCUAGGAGCCAACGUUAACAUGGGGAAGAGACUAGACACCCCCCUCCAUGCAGCAGCAAGGAAAUCCAGCGUGGAGGUAGUCGUCUUGCUGAUAGACUAUGGUGCUAACCCGAAAUGCAGAAAUGCUGAAUUCAAAUGUGCCCUGGAUCUUGCCGUACCCAACAGCAAAGUGGAGCAGGCGCUUCUGCUUCGGGAAG